AUGAGGGCCACGAAGGCGGCGGCGGCGGUGGAGAGGACGGAGGACAAAGAGAUAGACUUGCUUCUCAGCGAGAUCCCCCACGUCACGUCCCCGCAGGGGCGGCAGCGCGGGGUGGGCGUCAUCGGCGACGGCAACGGCAACGGCGUGCAUGGCGCCUCGGGUUCCGACGGCUACACUUCACCAAUGCGCAUCGGGUGCCGACGGGUACACUGCCCCACGGAUGCCGACGGGUACGAUGCGCAGCGCCACGGCAAGGACGCCUACUACGACAUGGUCCUGAACCGUCGCGACAAUGGUGCUCCACUCCACGGCGGCGAUGCAGGGGGCGUUGGCUUCCCCGCGCCGUCACCGGCCUCGGGACCGUUCGUCGGUAGCCCAGUGCCGCCGCCGCUGGCGCUGGGGGUGGGGGUGGACGACCAGGAGCAGCAGCUGGUCGCGAACCAGCUCCGCGGUCUGCGCAUCGGCGACGCGCAGACCGCGCUCCAGCGCCAGGGCCCGCCGCCUGUCAUUCACACGGCCCCGACUGAGGUCCCCGCAGCGCACGGCGCGUACGAUGGGUACAACUUCGCGGCGUCAGGUUCUUCCGUCCGCCAUGAACACGUGUUCCUUGAUCAGGCCAAACCUGUCGGGUACGUCGCAGCACGGCCGCAUCGCUUCGUGUCGGACGUUGGCCUGGAUGACUUUGGUGGUUUCCCCAGAGCCUUGGACACCAGCAUUGGUGGCUUCAUGUACAAUAGGGUAGGGCAUGGCACUGGCAUUGGUUGGGGCCAAGGUUUGGUGCAGCCUGAUUUCGCCGAGUCCUACCUGCUUUCCAGUCAGGCUGGUGCAGAGUUUUCCAGCUCGAGUCCGGUUGCCCUCAAACGACACUAUGCAUAUGGUGGUGUCCCUGUGGCAGCCAACGGGUUUUCGAGAGGCAGAAAUCAGUUUGAUGCAUUCGGUUGUGACAACAGUCCCAGUGAGGUUGGUGCAGAGUUUUUCAGCUCGAGUCCGGCUGCCCUUGACUUCCGUGGUGGACCAAAGCGACACUAUGCAUAUGGUGGUGUCUCUGUGGCAGACAACGGGUUUGCGAGAGGCAGAAAUCAGUUUGAGGCAUUCCAUUGUGACAACAGUCUGAUGUUUGAUGGGAAGAACAUGAACUUCCUGGAACGUGAGAGGGAGAGGAGAUUCCAGCGUGUCAAUAGCAGGGCACUGGAGCUUGGGAGUUCUAGGACUUUGAGGUUUGACAAUGUGGUUCGUGUCAAGGAAGGAUCCAUCUACCACAUGGCCAAGGACCAAAAUGGGUGCCGGACCAGGGUAGUACAGAGAUUGAUAGAGACUGUUAGGAGCAGAGAUCAGAUUAUGCUCAUCAUUUCAGCCCUACAGCCAAACUUCAUGCUGCUUGUCAAUGACCCCAAUGGUAAUCAUGUAAUACAGAAAUGUCUGACAAACUUUGGAGCUGAGGAUAACAAGUUCAUAUUUGAGGGCGCUGCAGCUAACUGUUUUAACAUGGCGGUACAUCGCCAUGGAUGCUGUGUUCUACAGCGUUGCAUAUCUAAUGCACGUGGUGUAUACCAGGCCAAUCUAAUUGUGGAAAUAUGUGCUCGUGGCUUUGAGCUUGCUCAAGAUCCAUUUGGGAACUAUGUGGUCCAAUAUGUUUUGGAACUGAAAAUUCCUUCUGCAAAUGCACACUUGGCAUCUCAGUUUGAAGGAAAGUAUAUUUAUCUCUCAAAGCAGAAGGUGAGCAGCAAUGUGGUGGAGAGAUGCCUAAAGUUUUUCCCGGACGAUGCCAAAGCUGUCAUAGUACAUGAAUUGCUCUUGCUCAGCGGGUCUCACUUUGAGCAACUGCUGCAAGACCCUUAUGCCAACUAUGUCAUUUACACUGCCCUUCUCCACACCAAGGGCCAUCUGCACAAUGCCCUUGUUGAAGCGAUCCGCCCUCAUGAGGAUGCCAUCCGGACAAGCCCCUGUUGUUUCCUGCUGGAUAGAUUUUUUUGGCCAGUGGAUACCCAGAAAAUAAAGAAAAUCAGAUUACCAAGUGAACAGGCUGAUGAUAUUUUGGCAUGGCACUAUGAAAAGAAUGGUCUCUACUCUGUAAAAAGUGCAUACUGGAUGGCUCGGAAGCGCUUAACGGAGGAGCAGGGUGGUGGCCAAUCGACUUCUGAAAAUGCUGAUGGUCGGCCAGUUUGGAAAGAAUUCUGGAGGAUCCCGCUUCCCCAUGAGAUCCUAAUCUUCGUUUGGAAAAUAGCGAACAAUGGUUUAGCAACGCAACAGAACAAAUUUCGGCGCAAUAUAGUUCAAAGGGACACCUGCGAAAUAUGUGGCAUGGAGACGGAAUCGCUAAAUCAUGCACUAGUGGGACGCCGUCAUGCAUGUCAGCUGCGUAUGGCAAUGAGAGAGCACUGGGCAUUGCCGGACGAAAAACAGUUCCUCAAUCUGGACCAAUUCAAUUUUCUGGAUUUUCUGUUGAAGACUGAAAGGGAUAUGAGAGAAAGGUGCCUGAUGAUCUUAUGGUUAUGGCGUUCCUGGCAGGUGCGGAACGACAUCACACAUGAAGCACGCGGUCUUUCCAUUGAGGGUUCAGUUCGUUUCCUGAGAAGCUAUUGGACAGAACUGUGUAAUAUCAGGCAAAAUAGAGACAUGGCUGGUCGUCACAAUGCGGCAGUGUGUCUGGCUGCUUGGCAUGCUGUACCGGGAGCCAGGGACCCUGCAGAAGUCGAGGCGCUGUCGCUCGAUCUAGGCUAUGCUGAAGAAUUUGGCAGGAUCGAGGCCGCUAUGCCUAAUAGCGACGGAAGUGAGAGUGGUGGCGAGUCUGAUGUCUGA